AUGUUUGGUGUUGUGGCUUGCCUCCUGUUCUUUUUGCAGAUAAGCACUUGCACUCCCAAAAUCACAGGAAGUGAAUAUGCACAAAUGCCACCAGUUUUCCAUCUCGAUGACUUCGACAGAUGUAUGUUACUAGAGGAAAAAGCCCUAUACUGUACAAUCAGUCUGAACCUUCAAGGAUUAAAUCCAAACAGCCCUUCAAAAUCGUGGGAAAUCAUAAAGGCUGCGUCCUCAAAUCCAUCAAAUUACAGACACGACCAGCUUAGAUAUGGGGUUUGUGUACCGACAACUUGUCCCAAUGCCACACGAAGGGCUGAAGACGAUUUGGUGUUGUCGGAAGAACUCGAACAGUGUUACAAUGAUAAAUUUAAAGAAUCGGGGAUUACGACAAACAUUUCUAGUAUACAUUGUCUGAUUCCAGAGACAAAAUACAAAAUUGACGAAUACGACAUUCUGGUUGCGAUAAUAUUGGUUACGUAUAUUGUUUUUAUUAUUUUCGCAUCAUUUUACGAAGGUUGUGCCAGGUACAAGUCCAAAGAAAAAUACGAGAAAAUUACAGGCACUCCAUGUGGCAAAUUAAUAGCAGCAUUUUCUAUUCCCAGAAACUGGUAUAGAUUAACCAGAAUUGAAAAAAAUUCAGAAGAGAAACUAAAAUCAAUGCAAGGUGUUCGAUUUUUCAACAUGUUAUGCGUUAUACUGUCUCAUACAAUUAUGGUUUCAUUGGCUAGUCCAAUAAUGAACACAACUUAUGUGGAAAAUAUGACUCAAAAAAUACUGAACAUGUUUUUAGCUAAUGGAGGAUACGCAGUACAAUCAUUCUUUUUAAUGUCUGGUUGGUUGCUCUCCUACCAUUUCUUUUUGAUAUUUGAGAGGAAAAGAACCUUUAGCCUGAAAUAUAUAAUUUUGGCAUUUAUAAACCGCUACAUAAGGUAG